CCCAGAAAUGAGUUUGAUUCACAGAGUCCUUCCUCCAUAACAAGUAAAUAACGUCAGUCACAGAGUGCAUGUGUGUGAGAGGAGACACAAUCUGUCCCCCCCCCUCUUGCCCUCAGUACCACAGCCGCUGGGCUGAACCUUACGAGCACAGGAUCACCCAUCUGGUUGCGGGGGGGGACACGUUAUACGAGCCGGGCGGAGGUGGCCAGGAAAACCCGAGCAGACUGGCAGCCCUAUCCCUAAAUAAGCCAUGAAACGCACACGCCUCCCGAGCAGCAGUGAAGAUUCUGAUGACAAUGGCAGUCUCUCUACAUCUUGGUCUCAACACUCAAGAUCACAUUCAAGUUUGAGACAUGAAGAUAGGAAGCCAUCUGAGGUGUUCAGAACAGAUCUGAUCACUGCAAUGAAGGUGCAUGAUUCAUACCAGCUGAACCCCGAGGACUAUUAUGUGCUGGCUGACCCAUGGCGCCAGGAGUGGGAAAAGGGGGUACAAGUACCUGUGAACCCAGAGUUUAUUCCUGAGACAGUUGCCAGGGUAAUAGCUGAAAAAGAUAAAGUAGUCACCUUCAGUAGACCCCGUAAAUACAUCCGUUCAUCUGGAUCAGAGCCUCCAGAGCUUGGAUACGUUGACAUCCAGACUCUUGCAGAUGCUGUAUGCCGCUAUGACUUGAAUGAGAUGGAUGUAGCCUGGUUGGAGUUAAUUAAUGAAGAAUUCAAAGAAAUGGGCAUGCAGCAACUGGACGAGUACACUAUGGAACGAGUCUUGGAGGAGUUUGAGAAGAAGUGUUAUGACAAAAUGAACCAUGCAAUUGAGACUGAAGAAGGUCUGGGCAUAGAGUAUGAUGAGGAUGUUGUUUGUGACGUGUGCCAGUCUCCGGAUGGAGAAGAUGGCAAUGAAAUGGUUUUCUGUGACAAAUGUAACAUUUGUGUUCACCAGGCAUGCUAUGGCAUAUUGAAGGUACCUGAAGGAAGCUGGCUUUGUCGCACAUGUGCCUUGGGGGUACAGCCAAAGUGUUUGUUGUGUCCAAAGAAAGGCGGAGCAAUGAAGCCAACUCGUAGUGGCACAAAAUGGGUCCACGUCAGUUGUGCUCUAUGGAUUCCAGAGGUGAGCAUUGGCAGUCCAGAAAAGAUGGAACCAAUUACUAAAGUGUCUCACAUACCAGGCAGCCGUUGGGCAUUACUUUGUAGCUUGUGCAAUGAGAAAGUUGGGGCCUGCAUACAGUGUUCCAUUAAGAACUGCCGUAUAGCAUUUCAUGUGACUUGUGCCUUCAAUCAUGGCUUGGAGAUGAAAACGAUCCUAACUCAAGAAGAUGAAGUAAAGUUCAAGUCAUACUGCCCAAAACACAGCUCUACCAAGAAGCCAGAAGAUAGCCAUUUCUACAAAAGUAAAAGCGAUGGUAACAGCACAUGUGAAGCCGCUCCAACUUGUCUGGGUGGUCUACGAGUACUGGAUGCCUCACAGCAGGAUGCCAAACAUGGGAGCCAGCGGAAAUUGAAGCUCCAGCAACUUGAAGAUGAAUUUUAUACAUUUGUUGAUGUACAAGAUGUAAGUCAAGCCAUGAAAAUUCCUAUUGAUGUUACUGAAUAUAUUUACCAGUACUGGAAGCUGAGGAGGAAAGCCAACUUUAACGAACCACUCAUCACUCCAAAGAAGGAUGAGGAAGAUAACUUAGCCAAGAAAGAACAAGAUGUUCUGAUUCGUAGACUACAGCUCUUCACACAUCUGCGUCAGGAUUUAGAAAGGGUACGCAAUCUUACAUACAUGGUGACAAGACGGGAAAAGAUGAAGCGCUCAGUUUGUAGAGUUCAAGAGCAAAUAUUUAACCUUUAUACAAAGGUUUCUGAGCAGGAGAAAAAUCUGGGGUUUCCGAUGGAGGAUGUGUUGCUUUUUAACACCCAGCCGUCAAAUCCAGAUGCUCCAAAGAUAGAAGACUUGAAGUGGCACUCGGCAUUCUUUAGAAAGCAGCUUGGCUCCUCGCUGGGCUGCUCUAGAAAAGAUUCUCACAAAAAGAGCAGAGCACGAAUAAUAGGAAAAUCACUGGACACAGAGAUCCUCUUGCCACAUAGAAAGAAGGAAGGCCAGACUUCGGAUGUUUCCUUUUCUUUUGAAAAGACGGUUGCAAAGGUUAGACCUGUGCAGCAGAAAAAUGGAGCGAGCAUGCCGGAGCACAGGAAAAGGCGUGACAGCCGUACUCAGGGUGACACUGCUAAAUUUGAUUUAAAAGAAAAGCCUCUCAGACAGCAGCAUAGACCUGCAAGGCCUGCAGAACCUCCAGAGAGACCUGCUGAAACUAAAAGGGUCCUAAGUCAGUGCGGUGGUAAAAGUGCAACAACAUCGGCCAAUAAAAAACAGUGUAGCAGCAGCUUGCCUAGGUACAGUGGCUCGCUGAUCAAAAUUCACUGUGACCAGUCUUCAGUUAAAGUGCCUACAAGUCCUGUUAAAAACUGGGGGGGAUUCAGAAUUCCAAAGAAGGGGGAGAGACCGCAGCAGCCCGGAAAUAUGGAGACCUGUCAGCCAAGCUUAAACUGCCAGUUCUUGGGACAGGUCUCCAAAAAGGAAAGGACAAAGCAGAAACUAAAGUUGGACAAUGAGAACGAUGGAUAUACUCCAGAUGCAGAGAUGAGUGACUCUGAAUCAGAGCCAACAGAUAAGUGCCGACUUCAAAGACUAGCAUCGAGCAGCACCCGAAGUAGAGGAUACGAAACUGACUUUAUUAGGAGAAGCAUCCUAGCAUCUUGACUGGACAGACAAGUGCUGAUUGCUCAGCACUAUAGCCAGGAAUGGGAGUGACUGCCUAUAAAUCCACUCCUUUGUUAUUUUUUGUACACAAAACAAUGGGAGAGUCGACCUAUAAACUGAUAGCUCUAAAGCCAGCUUCUCCCUUGCUGUUCCAGCUUGUUUAAUUGCACUUGAAAGAGUUUUUUUUUUUUUACCCUCGAUAAUUCUUCAUCAUUUCAUUGAACAAUUUUUGUUCAUGUAGUGGUCUUAAUGAGGCACUCUGAAAGUGUCCGUUCUAGGUUUACAAGAGGGAAUAAUCUGCACUGACAGUGCUUUCAUUGGUUCCUUGAAAGCACAAGAUAAUCUUUUUGAAAUGAUAAACAAAAGUUGGUUUUGGGUACACCAUCUUGCACACCUGUUCCAGCACAUUUCCUUGCACUGUGAAUUGGCCUUCAUUCAGCUUCUUGAACUCCUGAUGUGCUGAUAACUCACCCCAAGUAACAAAAAAAAAAAGUUUUUUUUUUUCGUCUGCCCUUUUAGUAAAAAAAAUAAACACUCCCUACAUUUGUGGUUGUUGAAAGAUACUUGGCCAAAUAUUUCAUGUUUGGAGCAUUGUACAUAUAGAUUGAUUUGAUCUGUGUACUGCAGCACUUUUUCUACUUUGUCUCGAGUUUUAAAGUGAGACGUUUUCCAUGCAGAUGAUCAUAAAACACAAAUUACUGUCGUGUUAGAACACUGCCAAGUUCAAUUGGUUAGCAGCCUGAUACGGAUGAAGCAUAUUUAGCUAAUGGAUAAACACUGCAUGACUCAUUUGUACGGGACCUGUUUCUGUCCAAAUGCUUAAACGCCAUAAUACAUUAAUAACAGGCACUACAGUUCUUGUAUAUAAUAUACAUAGAAACAUACAGGUGGUAUUUUCUCAGUAUGGAUCAGUACUGAACUCCUUUGCAAAAUGUGCAUUCCAGUUUCAGCUUUCCACACAGUUGCAUCGCGUUUCCAUAGUUCUGAUGACAAAAGUUAAUAGCCGACAGCAAGAAUAGUUUCAUAGUGGCAUCCCUGAUUAAUGAGACUGCAGAUCCCAUAGUCUGAUCAUACAGGGUGUCUGUUAAAUUCACUGUUAAUGCCAACAGCUGAUCAAGCCAGCUGAAAUAUAAGCUAUUGCUUAAUUGAAAACAAAGACUGACUUUUAUUUGUGGUCUUUUCAGGCAACAAUUUUUUCCCAAAUAGUCGCCAUAUGCUAUAUAAAUACGUUCAGAUCAGGAACCCUGCAAAUAAAGGGCUUUCACUUCCAGCCAUGAAAUAAGCUUGGGAACAGAAAAUAAAAUCUAAUGACACCACUGUGUUUCUAGUACAAUUCUGUACAGUGAUUGAGCCCCAGCAAUAUCAAGUAGGCAAAAAAUACCUGGAAAUGUUUAUAAAUAAGAGUACUUAAGAAUGAAGUAACUUGCCUCAUCUUAGACAUGAAAUAUUAACUUCAUCACAUUGUUCUUUUUUUUUUUUUUUCAUUUUACGUUUUUUUCCAAACAGCAGGAGAACUCUACCCAUGUAAUAUUAACUCCUUAAACAAUGGAGCUGCCCUUAUAGAUUUGCACAAUUUGCUCUAAUACAGUGAUCCCCAACCAGUAGCUUGUGAGCAACAUUUCCUUGUUGCUCCCAGUGCUCUCCAGAUGUACUGCC